AUGGUUGGAACGGUCCCAGAGGAAGGGCAAAUGCUCUUGGCAAGAGAUGCUACGUUUGAGAGAAUUCUUCACAAGGGGACAUCCAAAGAUGUCGGCAUGUCUGCAAUGUUGAAGAAAGACUACGAGGCACAGAAAGCAGCUACAGACGAGUAUUUCAGUCAUUGGGACAACAAGAGCGCACAAAAAGAAACGAAAGAAGACCGGGAAGCUCGAGCAGCAGACUACGCUUCCCUGACCCGACAAUACUACAACUUGGCAACUGAUUUCUACGAGUAUGGCUUCGGCCAAAGCUUUCACUUUGCUCGGCCUGCUGCCGGCGAGUCGUUUAAGCAGAGCAUCGCAAGACACGAACACUACCUGGCCCACGUCAUCGAUAUCAAGAAGGAAAUGAAGGUCCUGGACGUCGGAUGCGGCGUCGGUGGACCUGCUCGGGAGAUUGCCAAAUUCACGGGUGCAUACGUAACUGGUCUCAACAUCAACGAGUACCAAGUGGAGCGCGCCACAAGGUAUACUGCGAAGGCGAAACUGGAUAAGCAGGUCCAAUUCGUCCAGGCCGACUUCAUGAACAUCCCCUUUGAAGACAACUCCUUUGACGCGGUCUAUGCCAUCGAAGCCACCGUCCACGCCCCGUCUCUGCAAGACGUCUACUCUGAAAUAUUCCGAGUCCUGAAGCCCGGCGGCGUGUUUGGUGUGUACGAAUGGGUCAUGACAGAAAAGUACGACAAUGAAGACCUCCGCCUGCGCAAGAUUCGUAUCGACAUUGAACAAGGAGACGGCAUCGCCAACAUGGUCAAGGCAUCCGAGGCAGUGCGCUCUUUCCAGGCAGCCGGUUUUGAGAUGAUGCAGAACGAAGACAUGGCGGAGCGCCCGGAUCCGAGUCCGUGGUACUGGCCCUUGGACGCGGGUAGCUGGAGGCACGCGCAGACGGCGGGCGACUUGCUCUACACCUUCCGCAUGACCGGGCUCGGAAGGGCGGUUACGCAUGGAUUUCUCGGACUCAUGGAGACGUUGAGGCUUGCGCCCCCUGGCGUGAUGAAAAUGUCAGACAGCUUGUGUGUUGCUGCUGAUGCGCUGGUCCUCGGCGGCAAGGAGAAGAUUUUUACACCCAUGUAUUUGAUGGUCGGACGCAAGCCCGCGAAAGAGGAGGAGGCCUUUGCUUAG